GAAACUCUCUCAAUUAUUAUCUCUCAAGCGGUUUUAGAGCGGAUUUGGAGCGGUUUUGGAGCGGAUUUUAUUUUUAUUUUUGAAGAAUUUUAUUAUUUUAGCACUAUUGAAGGAGGACUACAAGAGUUAUGGCUGCCCGACAGGAGUACUACGAUCCCGGUCCUGUAGAGACCGAUUUGUUGACCAUGCAGGAUGAUCACGUUUCAUCGGUUGUUUGGGACAACUCGGGGGAGUUGAGACCAUUGGGAUCGCGUAUGAGUCUUGGACUUACGCCCUUCGAAGUAUCCAUCCUCGUAUCCGAGAGGGGGUCGUACGGACAGGGUUGUCUGGUUUUAUAGAGAUGAGACAGUAUCAGGUAGAUAUGUCUCUGGUGACUGCCUUAGUGGAGAGGUGGAGGCCGGAGACCCAUACCUUUAUGUUACCUGAGGGGGAGUGCACAGUCACACUACAGGACGUUGCCAUCUUGACAGGACUGCCUGUAGAUGGAUUUGCAGUUAUCGGAGGUCCACAGCACGACUACCAGGGCGUCGGCGUAGCCCUUUUGGGGAGAGAGUUAGAGUUGAGCGGGACGACUUCUGGUUCUUCGUGGGUAGGGACUGGGUGGUUAUUCGAGCAGUUCCGUCAUUUUCGAGAGUUAGACGACGACGUUUCGGAUAUGGAGGUGGAGUGGGCUGUUCGGGCGUAUCUCUGGGCCGCUUUGGAUGGGCUGUGCUUCACUGAUUUGAACAGUGGACAUUUGGGGUUGAGGAUUUUACCACAUUUGGAGGAUUUGGAGGAUCAGCGAUCCAUCAGUUGGGGAUCAGCCGUGCUUGCCCACCUGUACCACGAGCUUUGCAUUUGUUCUAUGGCUUCACAGCACAGACGUAACAUCGGUGGCGCCCUUUGGAUUUUGCAGCUUUGGGCUUUUGAGCGUUUGACGCCGUUACGUCCCCGUUACGUUGCGCUUCCCAUCACACAGCAUCUUCCUUUAGGCGACAAGUAUUUACUAUAA